AUGGCGCCCGUCGCCCAAAGUGAUAUUGACGCGGAGAGUCGUACUUCGGGCCAGGAUUCUCCCCUGCGCCGACAAUUCUCCGAACCAUUGCAUGCACCAUCAACAUCAACACCAACUGCCCAGUCUCCUGCGCCUGUCGCGUCCAAGGACAAAUGUCCAGACUGUGGUGAAUUUUUUGAGGCAUCAAAUGAGGAAAAUGGUCUGAAAGAGCACAUUGCCACUGUGCACCCGCAGCUCGCCAGGGCAUCGGAAGCUCAUGAUGAUGCGGCCGACGAAGAAAUGGCAGAGGGAGAUGAAAAUGUUGAUGAUGAACCCAUUGAUGAGGAAGACGAUGAGCAACAGCAAGACAUUGACGGAGAUGACGAUGUUGCUAAUGGCGACGAGGCGCCAGAACACGACGAUGCUAUGGUCGAAGAUCUCGACAAGCCCAGCGAAGAGGCCGGCGGAGACGUUGAUGGCAACGACCAGGGCCCUGUCCUCGAGACCGCGACCGCGACCGGCUCCGAGGUAGAUUUUGGGGCAGAAGAUAAUAUCCCCCGAGGCAAACAAGAGUUUCUGUCAGCAGAAAUGCGCCUUUUGAAUCGCUGGGAUAUCCAUGAUGCUCGCAGCUUUUCCCGAAACUAUGAUGACACCACAACCGAACUGGAACAGGACUGGGAUUAUGCAUUUAAAGUGGCCAAGCCUUUCAAGAAGCGCAAUUCGUUGCAACUACCAGAACGCCCGGAUCCGUACAAGAAAGCGCGGGUUGAUCGAGGCAAAUUUCUUGAACUUACCCCAAUUGAGGAUUUCCUGGUCGACCUGCGUGACCCUGAAACGCGCUCGCCGGAGGAGCUCUACGCCAUCACCGCAAACGUUGCGCGUGCUCUUUCGACAUGGCAAGAUGAGUACUUCGCUGUGGAUCGACUGUACAAGCUGUCUACAGGACAGUACGAGAAAUUGGCUCCUGAUCCGCGGAAGAAGGUCGAGGACCCCGAUGUCACGGCUGCAAAGAAAGAGGCAACGCUCUAUCAAUACAAGUAUGAUGCCAGCAAGCACAAGAAAGGCUUGGACCAGGACCCUUGGAUUCAAGGUGGUUUCCGGCCAACCCCGACUCAGGCACGGAAGGCCAUGAAGACCGCCAAGGUCGAGCCGGGCACCACGCCAAACAUUGACGGAUGGCGUACUCUCCGCAAGUUUGGCAUUGAAUACGUUCCCAAGUAUCAGGAUCCACCUCCGGAAGAUAUACCUUCUAAGGCCACACGGACACGCAAGGCGCAAGAAAUGGAAGCGGCCGCGGCUGCUGAUGAGGCAGCUCGUCAAGCUGCCGCUGAGGAAGAAGAGGAACAGCUACAACUUGCAACGAAGCGGCAAACACGUGGGGGCCGUGCUGCGCUUGAUGCAAUGGACGACCAGGAAUUCUCAACGCCCACAUCCACAAGGGGCACUGGUCGUGGUCGUGGACAACGCGGACAAGGUCGUGGACGUGGACGUGGCCGGGGUGGUGCAAGCACAGCCCCAGGAGUAUCUUCUGAAACACCUACCCCAGACGGUCAAGCACCUACUCGUGGCAGAGGCAGAGGUACUGGUGCUAUUCGCGGGACAAGAGGUGGUAAUACCCGGGGUGGUAGAGGUAAAGGCCGAGCAACCACUACGCCCAUUGGGACACCGCAGCAAGGAUCGCCCACUGCCACUCCAGUACCUUCUUCUCGUCCGACAUCUCUCGCUCCUGGUCCGUCACAGCUGGCGUUCAUCGAACCCAUGCCGAAUGGGGGUUUUGUGACCAUGCAACCUCCGAAACCCUUCACAACACCAGAACUACCGGAUGAACUUGACCCUGCUGAGGUGGAGCGGCGCGAAAGAGCUCGCGCCGAGAAGAUUGCUAACUCCAAGAAUCCUAGACGCACAGAAGCCAUGCUUAACCACUGGGCCCGGUUCAACCAAGCAGGCCGUAUCCGACAGCCUAAGCGGUCUAAGGACGAGAUCGAGGCUGACCGCGUGGCAGCAGCGGCCAAGAAAGCAGUUCAACCGCCGAAAAUUGGUGGCAGGAAGAAGAAGUCACCAUCAGUCCCUGGUGUCAACCCUCCAAUGGCCAACCCGGGUAUUGCUCCCGCACCGGCACCCUUGCCACCCCCAGGCCCACCCCCAGGUCCCGCACCAGUUCGUGCUCUUCCAGGCCCGCCGCCAGGCCCUGGUCCUGCGCCAUCGGCAGCUCCAACAUCUCUCCCUGCACCAACACCGUCUCAAGCACCACCGCCACCACCACACGGGCAUCCAAAAGCACACCCAUCAGCUUCCAACCCUGGUUUCCCUCUCCCAGCGCCUGCCGGUCACGCUCUUGGUCCCGGCGGCCCUCUCGCCCCGCAUCCACCUCGCUACACGACACCAUAUUCGCCAUUUGGCCAUAUCGAUCCUCGAGGGAUAGCUCAUUUCCCAUCCGGCCCUUUCCAGCCACCACCACCGCAACCACAAUAUCAAACCCCAUAUCCGCCAGAUAGAUUUUUUAUUCCGUUUGGGAAUGCUGGGUUACCGCCGCCGGGACAUGGGCAUAGACGGCCUGCGUGA